AACUUAUCGUACAAUAGCAGACACGUUUUCAUUUCCUAUUGUUCUCUCCACUAUAAAAUCUGGUCGUCAAGAACUUUCUAUUACAUGUGUAGCAUGUGAUGAAUCCGGGCAAUUCUUUUAUACAGGAUCUAAGGAUCAUUCUAUAAUAAAAUGGGAUGUUAAAACCGGUAAAAAAUUACACUCUAUUAUUGGGGGUAGAAAAGAAAUAAAAAAAUUCGAUGGUCACACGAAUCAAAUUUUAGCUUUGGCUGUGAGCUCGGAUGGAAAUUAUCUGGCAAGUGGAGGCAGGGAUAAGAAGAUUAAUAUUUGGUCUACAAAGGAAAAUAAGUUAUUAAAAUGUUUUAUGCAACAUAAAGAUUCAGUAACGGGACUCAUAUUUCGUAAAGGAAAUAAUCAACUAUAUAGCUCUUCUUUAGAUCGUACAAUAAAGCUUUGGAAUGUUGAUGAAAUGAGUUAUAUAGAAACACUAUUUGGACAUCAAGACCAAGUUAUGGCAAUUGAUACUCUUUAUCGUGAACGUUGUGUUACUGUUGGGGCACGAGAUCGAACGUGUAGGUUAUGGAAGAUAAUUGAGGAGUCUCAAUUAGUCUUUCGUGGCGUUACUAAGGAAGCGACAUCAGAUAACGGACAAAUAUUUAAGGAAGGAAGUUUGGAUGUUGUGGCUAUGAUUGACGAAGAUAAUUACCUCAGUGGAGGGGAUAGUGGGGCUAUAUGUUUAUGGAACAUUAACAAAAAGAAACCAGUUUUUGUAAAUCAACUUUCACAUGGUUUACAAGAGUUUGAAUCGGAAAGCGAAGGUUCCAUUAAAUCUCCGCAUUGGAUUACCGCUUUGGCUACCUUGCGGUAUUCGGAUCUUUUUGCUUCAGGAUCAUGGGAUGGAAAAAUUCGUCUUUGGAAAUUGACAAAUAAUAUUCGUUCUUUUACACUUUUAACUGAAAUUCCUAUGAUAGGAUUUGUUAACGCUUUGGAAUUUAUAACUACAACUAUUGAUAAUAAGACAUUUCUUUUGGCAGGUAUUGGUCAAGAACAUAAAUUAGGCAGGUGGAAAAAAAUUAAAAAGGCCAAGAAUG